AACAUAUGUACUUACUACUUAAAAGAUAUUGAUUUUACUUUUUAGGAUACAAGAAGUAUCCAUAAUUUAUAGAUGCAGUUCUUGAUAUUUGCGUGAAAUAAGUGGAUACUGUUCUCAUCUUCUUCAGAAGUGUCUUAAUAGAAAUUUUGUCUAAUUUGGUGAUUUAAAUAUUGAGUUUAAAAUGUUUAAAUUAAUUUGGCAGUGCUUGUACUCUCCUCGUCUUUAUAAAAUUUAUGGAGACGGCGAAAAGGAUGCUAUGUAUCAACCAAAACGUUUGGAAAAGUAUGGAGAUAAAAUUAUUACAAUUGCACAGAAUAUAAUCACUAUUGCCAGCUAUGCUUCUCCAUUUGUAUGCACUUAUAUUUAUAGAAGAGGUUUCUUUUCAUGGGAUGAAACAACAUUUUUAACUAAAUUUAUGUGUGGCGUUAGUUGUUUCAUUAUGUUUUCUUUUCUUGUGAGAGCAGUGGGUCGAGCAUAUAACUCUAAAUAUACUGAAUUUCUAUUUGUGAUUCAACAACCAAAAGCAAACAACAAAGAAUUUAUGAACAACAUCAGGAAAUAUGAUUUUGAAUUUACAUCUUGGCCAGUGACUUUUGCUAUGCCUGCAACAACCAGCAAAUCCUGGUUUGAAAACAUUCCAUUUAAUAAGAGUUCCAAUGAAGACUUGCCAAUUUAUCAGAGAAUCCCCUUACAAAUACUGGCAUUCAUUGCUGUACACACCUUCGCCAUGCGCAUAAUUUAUCCUGGAACCUUAACUCUCAUACAAAAUUUAUUGUGGAAUCCAUUAAUGGAAGGCCGUACUCAAUUGGUGGAAACGUUCCAUGGUAAAAGGGCAAAAUUACUAACAUCAGAUGCCAAUUCCAUAGAUACUAUAUUUGUAGACAAUCGAGCACAUUCAAAUGGCAAUAUAUUGGUAAUUUGUUGUGAAGGAAACUCUGGAUUUUAUGAAAUCGGGAUGGUAACUACCCCUAUAAAGGCAGGUUUUUCAGCUCUUGGAUGGAACCAUCCCGGGUUUGCAGGAAGUACUGGUAUUCCAUUUCCGAAACAAGAACAAAAUUCUAUAACCGCCGUAAUUCAGUAUGCCAUUGAAGAACUCAACUUUCCAAUCGAAAAUAUUGUAUUGUAUGGGUGGAGUAUUGGUGGUUAUACUGCAGCAUGGGCUGCAGCUAACUACCCUGAUAUCAGCGCUUUGAUUUUGGAUGCUACAUUUGAUGACUUGCUGCCCUUAGCUCAAAACCAAAUGCCUAGAUCAUGGUCUUUGUUAGUAAAGGAAGUUAUACGUAGUUAUGUUGACUUGAAUGUUGGUGAAUUACUGGCACAAUACAAAGGCCCGGUGCAACUUAUUCGGCGCACUGAAGACGAAGUGAUUUGCUUAAGACAAGGCCAACUGCAGACAAACUGCGGAAAUUCUCUACUAAUUACUCUUCUUAAGUCCCGGCACCCAAGGUUUAAUGAAAGUGAUGAAUUACAAGAAGCUAUAAUGUCUUAUGUUGGAAUGAGUGAAAUGCAACGUAGCAAUAUAAACAAAGAUACAUUAACAGAAGUCAAUCGACAAGCCCUUCAAUUGAUUAUUAAAUAUAUGAGAGAUUUCCAAUCAAAUCAUUGUGCACCUCUACCAGAGAACACGUUCGCUGAUAUUAUGAAAUAUUUUUAUUUAAAGAACUAGCUCAUAAUACACAUCUCUGAAAGUCACAGUAUUUCUGUUACUUUCCACAAUUUCGGGAAACUGCGCAAGCGCGUGCACAGUAACCCUGCUGAGGACAUGAACUGAUGUAGUGACCUGUGACACUUUGAUGAGUGAGAAUUAACUAAUAAUUUGUGCUAUUGAAACUUAAAUAAUAUAUGUUAUGGCAUUGUAUAAAUUUAAUGAAUUUUUGCCUUUAGUCAGUUAAAUGAUGACUUUAUGUGCUUGUAAUCUAUUAUUACUUACAUAUAACUAUAUUGUAUGCGUUAUAGAGCCAUCUAAAUUCUGUAGUGAUUUAUGAAAUUGCAAAGGAUGCAAAGAUUCUUCAAUAAUUUUAUGAUUACCGAUAUAUGGUUUUCUACAUGACAUUGAAGGUUUUAGGUUUAAAAAUGAAACUUUACCUUCUAAAAUUCAAAAUUCUUGCUCAAAGUAGGUAACUAUAUACAUUUAAAUUUGUUGGGUAUAAAAUCUUUUAAUGAUUGUUAUAUUGACUUAAUAGGUGUAUUGGUAUAUCCACAAAGGAAGCACUACCAGUAUGUAAUAAUCUUUUACUACUUCUUUUCACUGUAAAAUAUUUUAUAAUUCUAUUUUCAUUCACCUAUGUAAUAUGUGUAUAGUGUAAUAAGAUAAAAAGAAAUGUGUUGAUGUGGAUAUUUAAAUUACCACAGAUACUUUUAAUAUUAUGUAGUAAUAAUAAUAUAUUUAUUCUUAUUGUAUACAUAACUAUUAUAUUUAGGCCCUUUACAGAUGGAACAAUUUUUUUAGUUUCCUUACAAAGUAUGUUCUGUCCAAAUUUUAUAUCAAUCUGUAAGAGUUUUUUAGCUAACUUGCCUAACCUACAGGGUUGUGGAUAAUAUCAAGGAAGCAGAACUUGUUCUCAUUUUAUUAUGUUGACGGCCUCAACAAACACAAAUUGUUUUUUAAAUUUGAAUAAGAUAUAGUUUCAGCGUAAACAGUGGAAAUAGUUGUUCCAUCUGCAUCUGCGCCAUAAGAAUCUAGUAUUUACUACUAGGAUAUUUAUUCAAAAUACAAUGUGUAUAAUCAUUUAACAUUAAUAGUAUGAAAUGCUGUAUAAUAUAAAUGUUUAGAGGUUAUGGUUGACAUUAAAGUAUAUACCUACUUAUUGACAUAAUGCAUAAAUAAUUAUAAAAUAAAGAAUUAAAGCAU